AUGGACGACGGAACUCGCAUUUCAGAGGAUGUGGAGAAGUUCCUGCGCGCAGCGCGCUCGCGCGACGCGGCGGAUUGCAGCCGAAUGCUGAAGGAAAAGCCAGAGCUCGCGAACUCCGUCGAAGCUGGCGGCUACUCUGCCCUCCACUUUGCCGCCUUCAACGGCGAUGCUCAGAUGAUUUGUCUGCUACUAGAGUAUAAGGCGAAUACAAACGUUGAGAACAUGGACGGCAACACGCCCCUUAUCAUGGCUGUGAAGGGACGACAGCUGGAGUGCAUUCGCAUUUUGGUAAACGCGGGUGCCGAUGUAAAUAAAGAGUCGGACUCUGGAAGUACAGCUGCGCACUACGCCGCAUCUAUGGGAUACCUGGACUGCCUCCACCUUCUUGUGGAGCUGGGGGCCAAGACGAUGUACACGGAUAGUGAGGCUGGCACUCUGCUUCACUGGGCGUGUCACUCCGGUGACCUCAACUGUAUCGGCGCCGUCAUUUACGAGUUUAAUGUGCCAAUCAAUGCUGUCGACAAGCACGGUGGCACAGCCCUGUUCACAGCCCUUUUCAUGAAGAAGGUGGAUACAGUAGAAUUCCUCGUUGAACACGGGGCAACGGUCAACAUCGCCAUUGCUGAGGACGGCAGCACGCCGCUGCACAUUGCCGUGGAGCAUGCAAACUCGGAGUGCAUCCGCCUACUAUGCAGCUACGGUGCCGACGUAAGCGCCAAGAACGUAGAGGGAAAGACUCCGCUGGACUUGGCGAAGGUCGCCAACAACACCAAUGCUGUCAAGGAGCUCGAGAAGACCCAGGUACUGCCGGAGAAGCGCGCUGAGGCGGCGGCGCGGUUCAAGAACCAGGGCAACAAGGUCUUUCAGCAGGGCGAGAACGUCAAAGCAGCGAAGUUCUACACUCUUGCCAUUCACCUUGACCCCACAAACCACGUCUACUACAGCAACCGCGCCGCCUGCUACUUUAACCAACAGCUCUACACCAGAGCUUACUGGGAUGCUCUGCGCUGCAUUAAACUCGACCCGUCGUGGCCAAAGGGGUACCUGCGCAAGGCUGCCACUGAGCUUGCGCUGAAGAGGUAUAGUGACGCCUCUACCACCGCUUCCCAAGGUCUCAAGCUCGACCCCACCAAUAAAGACCUUCAGCAAGUGAAGGAUGAAGCGUUCAGGCAGCUGAAAAAGUGA